CCAGCGUGCCCUUGAUUCUCUUUGGUCGCGAACAAGGACCCUCUCGACGGUGAAUGUGGUACUGCCGCUGCGAGACACACUGACGACAUGGCCACCAACAUGGACGGUGACAAGAUCGACCCGAUCACAGAAAAGCCCGUUGUGCAGGCCACCGUUACUCCCGUCAAUGACGACCCGGUCUCUUUAGAGAGCGACACAGUUCGCCCAGGUCGGGACCUACGAUCAGCCAUCUACACCAUUGUAGGUGGUGUUGCGUUACCCUGCAUACCCAUCAUCAUUGUCUCUGCUGUUCUGCUGUACUUCAUCUUCAAACAUCGCGUCGUCCCUCGAGCUGGAUGGCCCGAACUAUACGUCCCGACAGAUAAUCCUGGGAUCAGCAAUAUCACCGACUUCAUCAAGGAAAUCCGGCAUGACGGUGGAAGACCAGCAUACUAUGUCGCCUACAACCCUUCUACGAUCACCACCAUCGCGUCAUGGACAGGUCGCGUUAUCCCAUACCUGUCGAGCUCCAUCAUGGCUCUGCUUGCCUUCUUUGCAGCUCGACACAUCGUCCUGAAGUCCAAGCAUGGGCAUCAUACUGAGCUGCCAACUCCGGAGCAGCUGACUCUGUUGAUCAGUCUCCUAGGUGGCAGUGGCUUCAGUCCGCUGAAGGAUACGCUUCUCUACAGAUGGGGACGGAAAGAGAGGCUUGUAGCCCCUCUUCCAGCCGCCUUCGCCGCGCUUUUCAUCAUCACUCUUCUUGGAGUCUUCAUUCCCAUCAUCGACACGUGGUUCGGUAUUGCGGUCCAUCCUGCAACCAUCAGUCAACUGUACAACACUUCCGCUUCGGCCUACCACUCCUUUGGCCGCAAGCUGGACCCCGGGACGACGGAUUCCAUUGUCUGUCCGGACGUGCCUGGCUGGGCAGCAGGGCAAGGCUACAAUCCUGCUCAACACUGGUACUGGCCGUGUAAUCUCUACAUCGGCACGCCGCAUCCCGAGAACAUCUUCCUCGUCGGCGGCGAAGCAGCAUCCAAACUCCAACUCAACCAGCCCACCAAUGACAUGACCUCCAACUACACCGGCUCACUCUCCUCCACGUCCAAGCACAACGAGACGUUCUACUUCUACAGCGACUCACGAAGCGGCAGCACGGUCGACUUCAAGGUCCAAACCCUAGGCAUCUCGACGCAAUGCCACAUCGCCACGAAACGCUGCCACGGCGACUACUCCAACGGCACGUCGUUCCGCUGCUCCGCCGGGUUUGCAGGCGAUCUGACCGAAUGCCUGCCCAACGUAUGGCCCGCCAGCGCCGACGACUCUGGCAGCUGCGAAACGGGCAUCGGCUUCGCGACUGACGCCCAGCUCUCGCAGGCAGCCGGCAUGAACAACCUCACCGACCUGACGGACUCGCCCACCGGCUAUCUUUCCGCUCUCCUGAAAGAAAAUCCAAUGUACUUCGGCACCUGGGCCAUCGGGUUCCCCGGCGACGACAUGCACAACGCGCUCUUCAGCAACAGCGACCCGCAGGUGUUCCCGGACGGCCACGUCAACGCCGUGUGGAUGCUCAACUGCACGUCGACCGUGUACGACGUCACGUACAGCUACACCGACGGCAGCCUGCACCGUUUCAACGCGAGCGUCGCCGCGCCGGAUUGGGGCGCCUUCUUCUCCGGCCCGUUCGCCUGGUCGCCUCGCGUGCUGGGUCUGAAACAAACGAGUCUGGCCCUCGAGAACGCCGCCCAGGCCGCGCUCGGACUGUCCGUCGGCGUCUUCACGCCCCGCGUCAAUGAUCUCGAGCAGUUGCGGAACAGCAGCGUGAGCGUGGCCAGGAUCCCCUUGGUCCCGCUAUACUUGCUGCUGGGCUUCAAGUUUUUGUACGUCGUGGUCGUCGUCAUUUUGGCAAUUGGCGCCUAUUGUUUCACCCACCCGGCCGAAACGGAGAUCGUCAAGGCCCAGUUGAGCGUCAAGGGCCUGGCCGCCGCGCAUUUCGACCAGCCCGACCUGAUCAGGCAGGAUGUCGUCAAGCAGGUGCAAAGUCGACUGGAGCAGGCCAAGAACGGCGGCAGCAGUGCCGCGGCGUCUCCGACGACGGAACAACGCGAACAAGAACAAGAACAAGCCGGAUCAGCACCAAUUCAGCCCCUGAAACGAGCCGCCACAGCGCCUGCGGGUCGUGGUCCCGGCGCCGAGGCAGAAGCAAGAGCUGAAGGAGACGAGGCCGGCCAUAAACCCAAGAUCGGACUGAUGCCGACACGCGCGGGCACGUGGCAGUUCGUCUUGCUCGCCAACGGGGCGUGGCAGAGCGUCAAGCCCAUCGUCCAGAGCUUUGUGCUGUCCGAGGCCAAGGCCGGCGAAUUCGGGACGGCCGGUGACAUUUAUGCUGCUUGGAAAUAAAGUCGGAGACACGGAGAGGGAAGGUAGGCAGAGGCGGAGACAGAGGGAGUUGAUCAAAUUUGGAGCGAAUAUUUCAGCAAGCGAAUCCCUUGUACAGGCCAGCGGGCUAUUCUGCUGUACUGUGUACAGAUAUAUCUAUACUAAUUGGGCAAUACUGCAUGCAUAUAACGAGUCCACGAGGCG